CUUGGCUUCGCCCCUUUCGCUCAAAACGUGAAUGAAAAAUAAAUUGAAACAAAUAAAUAAAAAGGAGAAGAAGCAGAUUGGGAGGAGAGUUUUGGUGUCUGUGGGUGUGAAGGAGUUAGAAAGGCGGCGGACGGCGGAGGGAGCUCCUCCUGGUCAGAACCGGGAGGAGAGGGAGGAUGACUCACUCCGUCUGAUGUGAGCUUCACCCCGCAACAGCUCGGCAGUGCGGCGGCGGUUCAUCCCGACGUGUCCGCUCAGCUCCAAACUUUAUCAAACUCUAAAAUUUACCCCCCUUUUUUCCUGAGGCCUUUUCGGGCUUUUCCUCAAACUUGUUUUUUUUUUUUUUUUGAUCUCCCGGUAGUUCCACUGACCCGCGGAGUCGUGAUUCACCGUGGAUUUCGUGACGGCUAAUUGCCAUGGCAACAACACUGCUGCGCUGAGAGGAAACUGUCCGUUUUAACUUCAUCUUCAACCUCCCAACAAGGUCGAGUAAACCUGUUGGAUAUUCAUUUUUCUUUAAUAUUUUACUUUUUUUUUUUUUUUUUGCUGAUAUUUGACAACCAACCAGGUGAGGGCUAUGGAGCAUAAAACCGAAAAGAGGUUCCACAAUCUGACCCUAGAGCAGGUCCAGGCUCUCGAUAAAGUUCUCACCGAGGUGAUCCCAAUCCACGGGCGAGGAAAUUUCCCUACGCUGCAGGUGAGAGCCAAAGACAUCAUCCGCGUGGUUAAGGAUCGACUGAUGGAGAGGCACAUCCAGGUUAAAGACAUUCGCCUGAACGGAGCGACUGCCAGCCACAUCCUGGUGAGAGAUAACGGCCUAGGCUACAGAGACUUGGACAUCAUAUUUGGAGUAGAGCUGCCAAGGCAGGAGGACUUCCAGGUGAUUAAGGAGGUGGUGCUGGGCAGCCUGCGAGAUCUCCUCCCUUGCGGGGUUAACAGGCAGAAGAUAACCUGCCUCACUAUGAAGGAAGCAUAUGUGCAAAAGAUGGUGAAAGUGUUCAAUGAGCACGACAGAUGGAGCCUGAUUUUACUCUCAAACAACCGAUCUAAAACCGUGGGGCUCAGGUUCGUUAGCUCCCUCCGGAGGCAGUUUGAAUUCAGUGUAGACUCCUUUCAGAUAAUACUGGAUCGUAUGCUGGAGUCUUACUGGGGGAGCGACAGGAGAGAAGAAGAAAAACUGGCUCUGAAUGCCAGAGAUUCAUCUAAGCGAGACCACGGCAGAGAAGAUGAGAUACAAGAGGAAUCGGCGCUUCCUCAAGAUGCUAAAGCAGAUCCUCAAAGAGAUGGAGCACCGGUAACAACUACAGAUCCUCCAUCCCCAGAAGAAGCUGCUUCCACAUACGAGCUUCCAGAAAAAGAGGCUGAGCAUGUAGUUGAAAAGCUGGAGGCGGAAGGACCUGAGGAGAAUACCUCACCUAAGGAGGAGGAAGACGAGGGUGGCAUUGUGGGCGUUCAAUCAGAGGAAGACAUGUCAGAGGGGUUUGAGCUCUGUGAGGAAAAAGCAGAACAGAAAAAACUCUUUGAUGGUGAAUAUCCUCCUGACGCCUCAACGGAAACCUUAUUCCCCAGCACCAGGGAUCAGCUGAUUACACAUUCAUGUUCAAGAAUACAGAAUACGGAAGAGGCGUGUGCAGCAAACACUGAACAAUCAGCUUCACAAGAAAUUGCAAUCUUUGAAAAAACAAAAACGUUAGAAAUACACAUCGAAACCUGCAAGACUGAGCCGCCUCCUAAUCUUCAAGAUCCCCACCAUGAAUACUCCUUUCCUCCCCCAGCUAAGAAAACCUGCAGCACAUCGCAGGACAUUGUGCCAAACUUCUACCCGUCUCCAAGGCUGCAAAGGAAAAUGUCGCGAAAGCUGCUGAGCCAGCCGGAAAAGUGGUCCCUCCUGACGGACGUGUCGGAUCUCACCACACAGUUCUUUCCUCCAAUAGAGGUGGUGAAACCUCUUCAGCCAAGGGCCCUGGCACCGGACACUGUCCAACUUGGUGGCUCCAAUCGUUUAUGUCCUGAGUUAGAACAACUGAAGGGUACAGACGUUCCUACGGAUCCUCCAUACUGUCCAGAAUCUAUUCCUCAGGAAGCUGUCAGUUCUUGUGGCCCUGUAGAACAAACCGUGAAGCCAAAACACUCCAAGAAGCCUCCUGAUUUAAAGACUCAAAUGAACCCAGUUUUAAUGUCUCGGGUUACUGAUCAAAGAACCGAGCCGGUUGAAACUUUUCCAAACAGUCCAUGUGCAGGAGGUGAGUCCAUCAUCGCCGUUGAAGCAGAGUGCAUGUACGGAGAUUUCGAGCAGGCAAUGGACCACCUUCGCAAUCGCCUCAUCGCAACCCACAACCCAGAGGAGAUCCGUGGAGGAGGUCUGCUGAAGUACAGUGACCUGCUUGUUAGGAACUUCAGACCCGCCAGUGAGACUGAGAUCAAGUCCUUGGAGCGUUACAUGUGCUCCCGCUUCUUCAUCGACUUCCCAGACGUAGGUGAGCAGCAGAGAAAGAUCGAGGCCUACCUCCAGUGCCAUUUCGUUGGCAGUGAGGAAGCGAGCAAGUACGAUUAUCUGAUGACCCUACGCCGCGUUAUAGACGAGAGCACCGUGUGUUUGAUGGGACACGAGAGGAGGCAGACCCUCAACAUGAUCACGGUCCUCGCUCUGAGGGUUCUAGGCGAGCAGAACGCCAUCCCCAACACGGCAAACGUCACCUGCUUCUAUCAGCCGGCUCCAUAUAUCGCAGAGCCAAUUUACAACAGCUACUACAUCCCUCAGGCCCAGCCCUCACUCGUCUACCACCCGUACCCACUGCACGUCCACAUGCAGUCUGGCCUUGUGUAGCCAUGGCGGCUCGCUAGCAUGAAGGCAUGCGUUUAGCAUGGCGCUCUGCAAUAAGAGCCACACACGGCGGUUUUACCAACAGGCAACAACAGUUGCUGUGUUGUUUAAAGUUUUAAAAUCCUUCCCGCUUAUAACAGAUAUGAAGUGGUCUGGGCUGAAGCGGCAAAUAUGCUUCGAUUUUUAAGAUGAGCCUAAGAAAAGAAAGGACGACUCGACGGGAGGAGUUCAUCACAACUGCUGUAAGGCCGCUCUGCUUUACCUUGGAGGACUCAUCGGCCUCCUGCAUUGAAGGCAGUAAUGGAUGAAAAACAUUGUUCACUUAUCAAACAUAAUCCCUCACUUGUUGGCAACAAGGAUCUUAAUUCCUACUUUGGAUAAAGUUUGAGGAUUGAUCCUGUGGGGUAAAAACCCUAACUGUUUCGGGAAUCAUUCAUCUGAACCACAUCUGGUGAUGACUUAGCUCCGUAUUCAUUAUUUAGUGAUAGGAUGUAACGCCUUUACUGCUGGUGUCCUGUCAGAACAGCAUACCCUGUCAGAUCGGCAUACUUUGUUCUAAUACACAUGCGCGCACAUGGGCAACUGAUCCCACUGAAUUUUAGCAGCAGUGUACCGACCAGCAAAAACACAUUUAUUUUAACUUUUAAAAAAGAAAAUCACCAUUGAUUAUACUGCUAUGACAUGAUUGAAGUUUCCGGGAUGUUGAGAAGAAGCAUCUAUAUUUAUAACCAUAUUAGUCAACAUUAUUAUAAAAUAAGUUACUUUAGUAGUAAAAAAAAAAACGUAUGGUUAAUUUAAAAUUGGUUAGAUUUUGUUUUCA